AGAGGGGAGGGAGAGGGAGGGGGUGGACGGAAUCGGGGAGGGGAAGGGAGAUGGUGGCCGGAAUUGGGUAGGGGAGGUGGGGCUGCCGGAAUCUGGUUUCAGUUUUUUUUUUUUUUUUUUAACAAAAAUUCUGGUUUUUUUUUUUAAUUUUAUUUUUUUACCAAUCAUAGACUGACACGUGUCUAGUAACUUGUAAUAACAAGUUAUGUGACCGGUUAGGACCAUUUAAAGCGGAAGAGGUAUAAAGGUGGGAUUAUUUAAAAAUAAUCCAAAGGUCGGAUUAUUAUUAGCGGAUGGCCCAAAGGUGGGAUUAUUGCGGGCAAUUUUUCCUAAAAGAAAAGCCCCAAAACAAAGUAGAUGUUGCUAUCAGAAGUUCCAAAAGUAAGAGUGAGUGUAUGCUGCUUUGUGAAAUUUGAUACGAAAGUGAAAAAUGUGAGAGUGAACGAGUGAUGGGCUUACAAAUAGAAUGACGUACACUUUCAACAACCUCCAGCUGAAAUUUAAUUUUGAUUUCUGGGUUAAUCUCCUUUUUAUUCUAUUUAGCUUCAUAUUGCCGGCUUUUUUAUAAUCCAAUUCAGUCUUAAUCAGGAAUUUCAAUAAUUUGAAGCUCCAGAUCUAGUUAUGUAUAAGAAUCAAUUGCAAGAGUUAGCUCAGCGUAGCUGUUUCAACCUGCCAUCUUAUGCCUGUAUCCGUGAAGGACCAGAUCAUGCCCCACGUUUCAAGGCUUCUGUUAACUUCAACGGAGAGAUAUUUGAUAGCCCAGCCUUCUUCUCUACUCUAAGGCAGGCUGAGCAUGCAGCUGCAGAAGUAGCUUUAAACACACUGGCAGAUAGAGGUCCAUCAAAAACACUUGCCGCUAAAGUUUUGGAUGAAACUGGAGUUUAUAAGAACUUGCUUCAAGAGACAGCUCAUAGAGCUGGCCUAAACCUCCCUGCCUACACCACUAUUCGUUCGGGGCCAGGACAUGUUCCUGUUUUCUCAUGCACAGUAGAGUUGGCAGGAAUGACUUUCGUAGGAGAGCCAGCUAAAACCAAGAAACAAGCUCAGAAAAAUGCAGCUAUUGCUGCAUGGUCUGCCUUGAAACAAAUGUCUCAAUGCGGCUCAACUUCUUCUACCACUAUUUCCGGAGGUCAUGAAGAGCAGGAACAAGUAGUUGUUGCUCGAUUUCUUGCUAGCCUUAACCCAGCAGAGCCAAGUAAUUCCUCUCAAAGUAUUCAGCAAAGAGGGCAUCAUAGGUUACCUGCAUCUACAACCUUCAGAAGUCCGUUUCCAUCAGCUCCAACCUCUUUUGGCGUUCAUUAUCAGAACUGGACAUCUUCAAAUCUCCCUCCUGAAAUGGCAAGUCAUCAUAUGUGGCUGCAAGAACAGCCAGCAGAGCAACAGCGCCGUCUUAUGGCACUUCCUAUUCCUAUCCAACCAGUUCCUACACCCACCCAAGUUGUCCCAUGGAUGCACUCUAUGUUGCAGCCAAGUCAUCAUCAGUACUGCUUGACUAGGGAACAACAACCCGUUCCUCUCUCCCCUGGAAUCUCAAUGUGUACAGUCAGGUCACCCGUCUACUUCUCGAACCACAUAGUGCAGGAUCCGAUGAAAGCUAGGUCAAUGGUGGCUAUUCAAGAGAUACAAGAGGAAAAACCAGAAAAUUCUUCUAAGCAUUGUCCACCAGAGCCCUUAAAAGCUCCCAUUCCCAACAGCAAUAGUGCUGAUGUGUUAAAUGAAAACCUUCAAAAGGAAGCCAAACAGGACAGUUUAGCUCAAGCUAAUAAUGUCAGCUCAGCUUCAGUGGAUGUCCCAGAAAACGGACUGCCCACAUUUGAAUCGUCAAGGCUGCCUAACAUUAGAUUUAGCCAUGCUGCAACCUCAAACCACCCUGGAUAUACAGGAAAGGCUUUGCCAACAGCCUCACAAGGCGUUCCAGUGGGACCUACUCGUAGGAAUGCUAGAACUCCGAUUACUGCUCCACGAAUGCAAAGUGAUGUGGGUUCAUCUGUGAGACCUAGAUUUGGAAGAAUGCAAACUGGGGGUUUUCGAUCACAGUUUACUGCACCUGCUGUACAAAUCAGAUCAGUUGUGCCGGUGUGUUCUGCUGCCCCACCUAGAAGAACGACAAGCUCCACUCAGAAGGAAGAAUCAAGUGAUGACACGAGGAAUAAUAGUACCGGUGAUGUUUCCAUUAUUAAAUCAAAGUUGGGAAACCUUGAAAUAUAGAAUAGUGGCAUAUAACUUAGGUAGUAUAGAUUCAUGUUAGAAUUGCUAUAAAUUUUGCAGUUUCAAAAUUGUAGGUAUGUCGAUGAUUCACGAUGAGACUGCAAUUCAGAUAAAUAAAACAAAUUGUUGCUCAUUGUUUUGUUUCAAUGUGACCUCCCAUUUCAAUAGUUAUUUUUAUGCACUGUGACCUUGCAAAACUUCUCUGUACUCGUUUACUCAAAAACCUACUCG